UUGCCUCAUUAGUUUCUCUGCUUAGAGAUGGGUUGGGAAACAAAGGCAUGGUUGGUUAUGCCACUUCUUUUCUUGGCUACAAACUACAUGCAACAUUGCGUCUAUGGGGAAUCCCAAGUGCCCUGCCUUUUUAUCUUUGGUGACUCUCUCUGUGACAGUGGAAACAACAACCACCUUCAAACAUCUUCAAAAGCUAAUUACAAACCAUAUGGCAUUGACUUUCCAAAUGGACCCACUGGAAGAUUUAACAAUGGCCGAACAGUAAUUGACAUAAUUACUCAACUGCUAGGAUUUGAGAAUUUCAUUCCACCCUUUGCAAACACUAGUGGUUCAGACGUACUUAAAGGUGUGAACUAUGCAUCUGCUGGAGCUGGAAUUCGUGUUGAAACCGGUUCACAUACGGGUACUAUUAUCAGCUUUGGAUCACAGUUAACAAAUCACGGAGUCAUAGUUUCUCAAAUUGCUACAAAACUUGGAAGUCCUGAAAAGGCUCGACAAUACCUUAACAAGUGCUUGUAUUAUUUGGACAUAGGCAGCAAUGAUUACAUAAACAAUUACUUCCUUCCCCUUUUCUACCCAACAAGCCAAAUUUAUAGCCCUGAGGAGUAUGCAGAAGCUUUGAUUGAAGAGUUAUCUCUUGAUCUAAUGGCUCUACGUGAUCUUGGAGCAAGAAAGUUUGUUUUGGUUGGGAUGGGCCUUUUAGGCUGCACAGUAAAUGCCAUCAUUACCCAUGGAACAAAUGGAUCGUGUGUUCAAGAAGAGAAUGCUGCUGCAUUCAUUUUUAAUAGCAAGCUCAAGUCUCUAGUGGAUUUUUAUAAUAACAAGUUCUCUUCUAAUUCCAAAUUCAUCUUUAUAAACAGUACAUCUGAGGCAGAUAGCUAUUCACGUGGUUUUAUUUCGGAUGCUGCUUGUUGCUUAUCGGGGUCAUCUGGGGGGUGUAUUCCUGAUCAAAGGCCAUGCAAUAAUAGGAAUGAGUAUGUGUUUUGGGAUGAAUUCCAUCCCACAGAGGCUUGGAACAAGCUCAUUGCAACAAUAUCUUAUAAUUCUACCUCUAAUCCAGCUUUCACGUAUCCAAUGGAUAUCAUGCACCUUGUUGAACAAGAAAUUAAAAUGGAAUUGUUGAUAAAUGAGCCCACAUCACAGCUUAGUGCCCCUGAAUAAGUUCAGGUUAUCAUGUAGUCGUUGAUAUGGAGCUGAAUAAGUUACGAGUUGAAUACAUAUUAAGUA